UAAGGGAAGGAGAGUGAGAAGGGAGAGGGAGACUAAAAGGGAAUGCUAGUGGGGAGAAAGGGGGAGAAGGAGGAGGCUUAAGAGAAAGAAAAGAGAAGACACAGUGAGAGAGAGGGAGGGAGAGAAGCUGGGAGAGGAGGGUCACAGAGUGACCGUGGAGGAUGGGGUUUCUCUAUUCCAGAUACUUCUAGGCUUGGAGACUGUUGGCUAGUGGGGAGACUCCGGCUCUGGCAGCCAGCUGGGCAGCGGUAAAGUAAAAUGGACAGCGAGAGACAGACGUUCCAGCCACCUCUCCGCCGCCCAGAGAUCCCGGAGCUGUUUUCUGGCCAACUCGUUUCCCAGCUGGAGUCUCUGAGCGCGCUGGAUCGCGGGAACCCGGUGAGCGCCUAGAAGCUGCUCCUCGGAGAUGCCUUCGCCUGACCAGUAAGAACUUCCUGCUUGAGUCCCUGCAUCCCCUCCACCUGAAACUCCACAGGAGAGAGGGGCGGAAGACCCCAGGGGGAGGGGCGAGGGGGAUCCUAGCCCAGCUCAUUCUCCCCUCCCCCUCCCCCGCCGGGCGCGCAGGCAUGGAUGUGCUCAGCCCUGGACAAGGCAACAACACCACAUCGUCCGAGGGUCCCUUCGGGACACGCGCCAACGCUACUGGCAUCUCCGACGUGACCUUCAGCUACCAAGUGAUCACCUCUCUGCUGCUGGGCACCCUCAUUUUCUGCGCGGUGCUGGGCAAUGCGUGCGUGGUGGCCGCCAUCGCCCUGGAGCGCUCCCUGCAGAACGUGGCCAACUAUCUCAUUGGCUCCCUGGCCGUCACCGACCUUAUGGUUUCGGUGCUGGUGCUGCCCAUGGCCGCGUUGUACCAGGUGCUCAACAAGUGGACGCUGGGACAGGUCAUCUGUGACCUGUUCAUCGCCCUCGACGUACUGUGCUGCACCUCGUCCAUUCUGCACCUGUGCGCCAUCGCGCUGGACAGGUACUGGGCCAUUACGGACCCCAUCGACUACGUGAACAAGAGGACGCCCCGCCGCGCCGCCGCGCUCAUCUCGCUCACUUGGCUCAUUGGCUUCCUCAUCUCCAUCCCGCCCAUGCUGGGCUGGCGCACCCCCGAAGACCGCUCGGACCCCGACGCGUGCACCAUCAGCAAGGACCAUGGCUACACUAUCUACUCCACCUUCGGCGCUUUCUACAUCCCGCUGCUGCUCAUGCUGGUUCUCUAUGGGCGCAUCUUCCGAGCCGCGCGCUUCCGCAUCCGCAAGACAGUGAAGAAGGUGGAGAAGGCGGCAGCGGACACCCACCUUGGGGCGUCGCCAGCCCCGCAGCCCAGGAAGAGCGUAAAUGGCGAGCCAGGGAGCAGAGAAUGGAGGCAGGGCGUGGAGAACAAGGCAGGGGGGACUCUGUGCGCCAAUGGCGCGGCGAGGCAGGGUGACGACGGCGCCGCCCUGGAGGUGAUCGAAGUGUACCGGGUGGGCAACUCCAAAGAGCACCUGCCGCUGCCCAGCGAGGCCGGUGCUAUCCCCUGCGCUCCUGUCUUCUUCGAGAAGAAAAAUGAGCGCAACGCCGAGGCCAAGCGCAAGAUGGCCCUGGCCCGCGAGAGGAAGACGGUGAAGACGCUGGGCAUCAUCAUGGGCACCUUCAUUCUCUGCUGGCUGCCCUUCUUCAUCGUGGCCCUAGUUCUGCCCUUCUGCGAGAGCAGCUGCCAUAUGCCCACCCCGUUGGGCGCCAUAAUCAACUGGCUGGGCUACUCCAACUCUCUGCUCAACCCUGUCAUUUACGCCUAUUUCAACAAGGAUUUUCAAAACGCAUUUAAGAAAAUCAUCAAGUGCAAGUUCUGCCGCCGAUGAUGAUGGAGGAGUAGCCGGUAACUAGGCCCAACCCCAGCCCUCUGGAAUCAACACCUAUAGAUAACUUGCUACUUUUCCUCUUUCUCAGCUGCUCCACCCGCGGCUUCCUGACCUCGUCCGCCUUGCCCCAUCCCCAAUACCCUGCUCGGAGGGAGGGCGUUCUGUGCAAAGAAGCCCCAGCCGCGGGGCAGGAGGGCCUGGGAAACUCCCCGGGUCUGUAAGAAGCGACCUUGGCUCAGACUUUGGCCUCACAAUCAGUUUUGAUCCUAGCAAUUGCUUCCUCCCUCUUUUGCCCCCUAAUAUUAGCGGCGGAAGUUUAAGUCUCAGCCGCUCAAGGCA